AUGGUCAUUCGGCGCCUCGAUUUUCUUCUCGUGGACGGCCAUCACGACUAUUGGUUACGGUCACAUCGUUCCGCGGACAUGGCUCGGUCGAUUGAUCAUCGUUUUGUAUGCGCUCAUCGGUAUCCCAUUGAUUCUCGUCACCAUCGCCGAUAUGGGACGAUUUUUGUCGGGCGGUAUCAUCUGGGUGCACAACACAUCGCGAAAGAUGAUUUGAGACGAAAGAAAGCUUUACUUGAUCAACUGCAUAAACAACAACAACAACAAUUGGCGACAGUGGAUCAGCUGGACAAGAAGCGAUUUCGGAAACGAAAUCAAGAUGGAGUGCUGAAUGGGGAUGAGGUGUCUGAUGCGGGCACUUUUGAGGACAUUAGCGACAUUCACAAUGCGGACAGCGAAGGGAAAUCGGAGUCAGCAGAGACGAACGCUCGCGCCGAUGAGGUCGAAUUCGAGGCACCGCACGAGCGUCGCGUUUCCGUCAUUUUCGUCCUCUUCAUCAUGAUCGGCUACGUGGCUGGUGGCGCAUGGUUGAUUCGUUUCUGGGAGAAUUGGGAUUUCUUUGACGCUUUCUACUUUUGUUUUGUCACCGUCACGACGAUCGGUUUUGGUGACAUCGUACCGCUGAACUCGGAUUUCUUUCCGUUAACACUCGCCUACAUUGUGCUCGGGUUGAUCAUCACGACGAUGUGCAUCGAUCUCGUUGGCAGCGAGUACAUUCGGGAUAUUCACUUCUACGGGCGCUCGCUAGGUCGAUCUUUCAUGACAAUCGGUGGAAAGGUUGUCCAUCUCGGCGAGGUGUUCGGCUAUGUGGCGUUUCUUCAAAAGAACUACGGUCUCACGCCCGAGCAACUCAACAAAUUGGCGCAAUUGCCAGAGGAGUACUUGCUCGAUUGCCUGAUCAACGGGCGACAACCCGACUUGAAUUGGAUCGGCGGACGGCCGUAUGUGCCACCGGACAUUUACUAUUUCAAAUGGAUCGAGCACCCGCGAACAUUAUCAUUCGCCUCGGAGCGUGUUUUAGCCAGCAUGGAGAGUCUCGAUUUAAACACAAGCAGAUGUUCCACCGCUCGCACGUUGACUCCCCGCGAGUACUAUCAACGAAUUCUCUUCCAAUACUGUAAACAAAUGCAACCCGACGAUCCGGUAUUGGAUAUUGAUGAGAAUAAAAAA